GACUGUGUUGCAAAGAAGGCGACGUCAGUGUUGUAGGCCGACUAGCACAAACUCAUUGGUAAUCAAGGAAAGAGAAAGAGAAAAAGAAAAAAAGAAAGCAGCGUUAGCGAGAAAGCAGAGAGUACCGCGAAGAAACCCAAUCGAAACCCCACGGAUUAAGUGGUCUGCUGCGAAUUAAGCCCAGCUAACGGUAAACCUUUCGGCCACAAGUCCAAAUUAAGACUCCUGCCCCCAGAAUUAAAUCCGCAAAGCAACGCCCCCACCAACAAAAGCUUCUUCAUGAUGUCGUCGGAUCAACAGUUCUUUCUAAAAUGGAACGAUUUUCAAACGAAUAUGGUGACCUCGUUCCGUCACUUGCGCGACGAGAAGAGCUUCACAGAUGUAACACUCGCCUGCGAGGGCCAAACCUGCAAAGCCCACAAAAUGGUGCUUUCCGCUUGUAGUCCCUACUUCAAAGCGCUGCUGGAGGAAAAUCCAUCGAAGCACCCGAUUAUUAUCCUGAAAGAUGUCUCCUACAUCCACCUACAGGCUAUACUGGAGUUCAUGUACGCCGGAGAGGUAAACGUGUCCCAGGAACAGCUGCCAGCAUUUCUUAAGACCGCCGAUCGCCUCAAAGUGAAAGGCCUGGCAGAGACACCCAGUUCAAUAAAGAGGGAGGGUUGAUGGUAUUAAACAAUAAACAAAACAAAACAAAAAUACAUAAAAAAAAACAAAAACCAACUAUAAGAAACUUAUAUGUAUGCAAGAAAACAAAAUUCCAACAAGAGAAGAAAGAAAAAACAUAACGAGAACGACAUUUGGUAUACAAAUUCAUGUAAAAGUACACGAGGAGGAAGAAGAACACCAACAGACAACCACACAAAGCUGACAGAUUGAAAUGAUUAGCCUGUAAAGUAAAGGUGGUGGCCAAAUCCACCCGCCCACUCCCACACCAACUCAUUCACAUCUGACCUUCCAAUUUGCAAACAAAACUUACCGACGCCCCCACAGAACUUGAUUUGAAUUGUGUAUUCGUUUGAUUUUUGCAUAAAAUAGUUUGUAAUAUAUUAUUAACAACUACAAGAAAAUAAACACCACUCUGUAUAAAUGAAACGAUAUGGACAGCCCCUAAACAACGCAAAACAAAAAGAAAGCGCACUUUUGUAAAGUAAUUAAAAAGGAUUCAUUGAAAAUAUAUAAAGAUAAUUAUAAAUAUAGUGUGAAAUGUGCAAGUAGAAGGAUAAAAAGCCGCAAAGGGCGCGAAUAUUACAACACAUUCGGUUAGUUUUUAAGCCACUAACUACAACCCCAGACAUGCCACGCCUCCAAACAGACAAACUCAUUUUCAUCUAUACUUAAAAAAUAAAAUAGAAACAAAUGCAAAAUUGUA